UAUAGAAUAAAUAUAAAGAUGAUAAGAUACCCAUUGGAAAAGAGAUCUGUUGCCAAUACGUUCUUCCACUAUCUAAAUUUAGUGGUUGUCUUGUUGGAUAUAGGCUUUUUCAUCUAUUUUGUGAUUCAAGGGAGCUUAACCCAAGAAGCUUUGACAAUUCUUGGACCUAUUCAUCUACUUCUUUUGGGACCAAGCGUUCUGUAUCAUGCAUUCCCAGCAGUAAGAGGGAACUUCUUGUUUAACUGGAUUGCUCAUGUGAUCAGUUCUCUUGUUCUCGGACUAUUUGUGAUCACAAUUGUAGUUUUCUUGUCUACUGAUCCUGGAUAUGGAAAAUUGGGCAUUUUCAUAGCAAUCUUAUUUGUCACCUUACCUGGUGCUUUGAUUUCAUUAAGCUUACUAUUCCUACUGAACUCGGACCAAAAGAAGCCCCAGAUGAGCUAUUUCAUUGGCCAAGAUGGUAAACUUUACCAGGCAUUCAUGUAUGUCUAAAAAGACUAAAACACUUCACCAGAAGAUGAUA